UUUGCAUUCUGCAUUGUUGUGCACUGUGCCGAGAUCAACAUGAGGAUCAUACUUCUUUGUGUUUUGGUGAGCGUUAUCUCUGCAGACAUACCGCCAUCCAAUACCUAUGGAGCCCCAAACGGAGGGUUCUCAAACGGUUUUGGCUUUGGAGCAUCGAAUGGAGCCUCAAACGGUUUUGGUGCCCCAAGUAACGGUUACUCUGCACCAAGCAACACCUAUGGACUGCCAAAUGGCGGAUAUGGAGUAGAUCCUGAGAUUGCCGCUUUGGCCGAGAACAUUCCCGGGGGCGGCGUCCCCGGCGAGGACUACCCCAUCUUGGCUUCCGUGCCCGACACCGGCUUCUCGUGCGAUGCCCAGGCGGUGCAAGGUUAUUACGCCGACACUGCAGCUGAAGCCGGCUGCCAGGUGUUCCAUAUCUGCCAGGACCGCGCCCUCAGGCGCCAACAGGACUCGUUCCUGUGCCCCAACGGUACCAUCUUCAACCAGCAGUACCUGGUAUGUGACUGGUGGUUCAACGUGGACUGUUCUCAAGCUGAGAGCUUCUACUCCGUCAACGAACUCAUCGGAGUCGUUCCCGACGCCGGUUAUGCUUAUGCUGCCGCUACCAACGGCAUCCUCAACGGAAACGGAAACGGAUAUGGAGCCAACGGAAACGGAGCCAACGGAAACGGAAGGAAUGGAGCAAAUGGAUACGCUUCCAAUGGCAACGGAAAGAAUGGCAACGGAGCCACCAAUGGAAAUGGAUAUCGCUCAAACGGCAACGGCAACGGCGCUAAUGGCAAUGGCAGGAACGGCUAUGCUGCUAAUGGCAACGGCAACGGAGUCUCCAAUGGCAAUGGCAGGAACGGCUAUGCUGCUAAUGGAAACGGCAACGGAGUCUCCAAUGGCAAUGGCAGGAACGGCUAUGCUUCUAAUGGCAAUGGAGCGAACGGUGUCAAUGGAAAUGGUUUCAACGGCAAUGGAUAUAGAUCCAAUGGUAACGGCAAUGGAAGGAAUGGCAAUGGAAAUGGUAACAGGUACAAUGGCAAUGGAAGGAAUGGCAAUGGAAAUGGUAACAGUACAAUUGGCAAUUCCUCCAACAAAUGGAAAUGGAAGAAGUUAAUGGAAACGGAUACAACGCAAUUGCUUUUAAAGUGGCAACGGAAAUGGCAAUGGUUUUCAAUGGCACCGAAACGGCAAAUUGGAAGAAGCGGUUUCAAUGGCAAUCGGAUACAACAGCAAUGCUUCAAUUGGCAACGGAAACGGCAACGGAAGCUGCCGCACCGGCGUGCCACCUACGCGCUCCUUUCUAAAAACGGACUCUCAUCGCUUCUAAACUGCUCCACAGUAAAACCAAUCACGGCGGCCGCCAAGUGCAGCGGCCUGGGACUGUGGUGGACAGUAGAGGUACUACAGGACAUAGGGUCGUCACCCAACCGACGGUCCGAGAAUGGAAACCAUCGGUCACGGCCGCCGCACAAAGCCCUACAAAAAGCCGUCGGUCCUUGCGAGAAGUCGGAUAGAUUCCUGCCAUAUAAUAGGAGUUGCAGUAAAAAGCAAAGACGCAUGUACGCAAAGGAAAAGGACAACUCAAGAGUUCACAUAGCAAUGAGCUAUGACACAGACCCACAACUGCAGAGAAAACAAGGUCUGGAUUCCAACCGUUAA